AUGUUGCUGCGAUACUUCGUAAACGACUUUGUGGUCCUGGAGAAACACCAACUUUACAUUGGCGAGCUCCAGGCUCCACCCUCUCGGCCCCUCCUCAAUGAGACGCGAGCCACAACCACGACUCCUGCUGGGCUCAUUGCCCCGCACUUGGCCGUUUCCUCCACACAUGGGAACGUCGUCAUAGGACCUUUCGGCCAAGUCUCUUUGGCGGGGUUGGGCCCUAGAGGGGACAAGGCAAUAUCCAAGGAGGAGUGGGAGGAUCCAGCAGCACAGGAACCCGGAGCCACAACAAAUGAAGAGUCUCCGUGGACUCUGGAGAGAGAGAAAGUUCCAAAAGUCCAUAUCUGGGUUUCCCUGAGACUCUUUGCCUAUCCCAUGGACACGCCGUCAGAACAGGGGACUCUGCAAAUCCAGGCUAUCCGCAGCAUAGACUGGAUUCCUGGACCUGGAAUCGCUGGACACAAUGCUGGCAACUAG